GAGUGCACAAGUUUCGAAACAACGUGGUACAAGAAAAUUUCAACUUCUUUCACAUCAAAAUCAGCUGUGAACUUCAGUAUGGCCGCUCUUAUAUGUAGAAAAUAAAUUGUUUUUGUAAAAUCAUACAAAAAAAUAGGAAAGUGCAGUUUUCGUACUUACACCGAAUAGUUGUAUCUUUUACGAACAGUGUCGGUGUUGACUAAUAAAAAGUGUUGCGUCAUGACAGAAUCGUGAUUCUCUCACUGACAAACAAAAUACAAUAAAAAUCGCGAAUAGCGAAUUACGGCGAGUAUAGUUGCAUUUCUUUGGUUCGCGUUUCAUUCGAUCGUCGCCUGAGUGUUGGGAGCUGAUGUUUAUUGUGAACCGCGUCAAAACAUACGAGCCAUGAGUAGUGUGAGGUUGAGUCUAGUGUCUGUGGGGAGAUUAGCCGUCGGGAGAAAUUGCAAGUUGACAUCAGCCGUCCAAACAUGCCGAUCCCUACGGCGCUCGAGCGCGCGAUGUCUCAGCACAAGCAACACGCUUUGCAAGAGCACAGAGCAGCCCCCCGGACCGCACCCGCCUAAGGAGGCUGUCAGUUCUGACGGCACCUCAGGCGGUAAGAAAGGCGGCUCCGGCGUCCUUACCUGCCCAAAAUGCGGCGACCCGUGCACCCACGUCGAGACCUUUGUCAGUUCCACGCGCUUCGUCAAAUGCGACAAGUGUCACCACUUCUUCGUCGUGCUCAGCGAAGUGGACACGAAGAAGAGCAUCAAAGACAAUGCUGAGAAUAAGUCCGGGUUCUACAGAAAACCGCCACCGCCUCCAAAAAAGAUCUUCGAAUACCUUAACAAACACGUCGUCGGCCAAGAAUACGCAAAGAAAGUGCUCUCCGUUGCCGUCUACAACCACUACAAACGCAUAUACAACAACGUCACCAGCGGCACUCCUAGCGACGCACAUCAUCCCUUACACCACACGCACAGAGAUCUCCUGCACCUAAGUCACGGUAACCAGACCGGCGGAGCUGAUGUUCUGGAGAGACAGCAACAUGAACUGAGACUGGACAAGAGCAACGUACUCCUGUUGGGGCCUACUGGCUGCGGCAAAACACUCCUCGCCCAAACGAUAGCGCAAUGCCUCGACGUGCCGUUCGCGAUAUGCGACUGCACCACCCUCACGCAGGCCGGAUACGUGGGUGAAGAUAUCGAGAGCGUCAUCGCCAAGUUACUGCAAGACGCCAAUUUUAAUGUGGAACGAGCGCAGACCGGCAUCGUGUUCCUGGACGAGGUGGACAAGAUCGGCGCCGUGCCCGGCAUACACCAGCUCCGGGACGUCGGAGGCGAAGGUGUCCAACAGGGCAUGCUCAAAAUGCUGGAAGGUGCUGUAGUUUCUGUUCCCGAACGAAACUCCCGCAAGCUCAGGGGAGACGCGGUACAAGUGGACACAACCAAUAUAUUGUUCGUGGCGAGCGGCGCCUACAACGGACUAGACAGGCUGGUGCAGCGGCGCAACAACGAGAAGUACCUCGGCUUCGGCGCCUGGGACGCCAAGUCGGGGCGCCGCGCCGCGCUGCAGGCGGCGGCCGCGGACGCGUCUCCGCUGGACUCGGCGGCGCUGGAGAACGAGGAGCGCGACGGCUGGCUGAGGAAGGUGCAGGCGCGGGACCUCAUCGACUUCGGCAUGAUCCCGGAGUUCGUAGGCAGGUUCCCGGUGUUGGUGCCGUUCCACUCCCUCAACCAGGAUCUGCUCGUCAGGAUACUCACCGAGCCCAAGAACGCCAUGGUGAACCAAUACAAGUUACUGUUCUUGAUGGACAAGUGCGAGUUGACGUUCAGCGACGACGCGCUCCGCGCCGUGGCGGCGCUCGCCAUGGAGCGCAAGACCGGCGCGCGAGGCCUGAGAGCUAUUAUGGAAACGCUCCUUCUAGAAGUGAUGUUCGAGAUUCCCGGCUCGGACAUCGGCGCGGUACACAUCACCGAGGGCUGCGUGCUGCGCGCGGAGCCUCCGCUGCGGUCCCGGAGACAGCCCGCGCGCGCGCAGAGGGACUCCUGGCCCGAGAAAGAAGACACUACCGUGGAGCAGUCCUGCGCGCUGUGAGCAGACAGACAGACAGACAUACUAAAUUGCCGCUCAGCGCUCUACUGUCAACGGCGGGCGGCGUCGUACGAACAUUCACCGAGGUUUGACUGUUCUGUCAAAUUACACCUAACUCUUAAAUAUUAUAUAGGUAUACAAAAAAUUACAGCUCUCUAGCAUUGUCCAAGACGAAGCUACGAUAGUUCGAAAAUACGGCGAAACGUGCCGAGAAAAGAUAAUCACUGCCUUUUGCCCUUUGUCUCGUCUUGGCGGGGGCACGGCCGUGCCCCCAGACAAAGAACUACUGAAUUUAGAGUGCGUACAAGCUAAUUAUACACCAUUCUGGCAAGUGACAGUGUUUAAGUACCACCAUACAUGUAGAAGUGUAAAAGAGAUUGAUGACAAGUACUUGUAACACGAUUUAUUUGAAUUAAAAAUAUAUAUAUAAAAAUUCUUAUAAAAAAACGUAACCCAAAAUAUACAGAAAACUGCAAAAAAAUACACGUGAAGCAAAAUUUUGUCUCUUUUCAUAACGUCAACCUUAUUUAAUCAUAAAAGUGAAAUUCGUACGACGUUGUUCGUGAACUACUUUUUACUAUAGUUUAAAUUAGUUCGAAGUACAAUAAAUAAAUUAUAUAGUAUUAUGUUAGAAGCGUGUUCAAACUACAGAAAAGAUAAACAAAAGAUAAUAAAUAAAUAAAAUGUAACAAAAACAUCUGUUAAAAUAUCAAAAUCAAUUCAUCGAUUACGAAGAUUAGUAGGGUAAAUAUGAGAGUUCUGGACCACUGUCGUCACAAUGACGUCAUUGUGACGUCAGUUCAAUGACGUCAUUGUGACGUCAGUGGUCCAGAACUCUCAUAUUUACCCCACUGAUUGCGCACGCCCUAGCAUAAUACGUAGCUAAACUGUUAUGUAGUAUUCUAGUACUCCAGAUAGCAUUUCAUAGACGUGCUCGAUUCAUUAUAUUACUGUAAAUUACCCAAAAAUACCGAUACAAUUAUCUAAGAACCAUUGUUGGUGUCCAAUCUUUUACCGAACACCGCAUUGAAAUCGGCUUGCGCGUUUACGAGUUACGAUGCUACAGAUAGACACACAAAUACACAUGUCUGACGCUUCUUUUUGCUUUACAUAAUUUUUUCUUUCACCCACCUGGCACCAAAUUAAAUCUUCUCAGAAAAAAGUCUUAAAAAAUAAUUAAUCUAAAAUAAUCUUAAAUAAGACAAAUCAAUAUUUCAAACAUUGGCUGAAUAGGAACUUAUUUUCGCCACUUUAUAAAUAUCGAGAAAAACGAAAACUGAGCUCAAGCAAAAGAGCUGUAAAAAUAUAAAAUAUAAUUAGAAAACAGUAAGCGAACAUUAUUUUUGUAUUUUCAAGAAAUUACAGUAAUAUUAUGAGAUCGGUUUCUGAUAGAGUAGAAUGCAAUUAAUUCAUGUUCGGCCCUUCGAGGUGUAUCUCAUGAAAACAGCUCUGAAAACACUUUGUAUAUUUUAUAAUUUAUAGAAUCAGCUGUAACGCUAAUAACCACAAACUUUGAAAUUCUGUUAUAACGAACGUCCAUAAUAGAACGUCAAUAAUUGUGCCAUUUUCAACCAAAAGGGUACUUAUUGGGCGUAAGGCACUAUUUCCAUAUAGCUUCAAUUAGAAAUCAACCUUAUCAACAAGCGACAAUGUGGUACCUUUUGGUUGAAAACGUCACGAUUUUUAUUUGGAUUCAUACUUUACAACUAUAUUGUCUCUUUUAAACAUCUUAAAAUGUCUCCAGAAAAUCAUGUGAGUAAAGUGAAACAGACAGUAACUAGUGUUAGUGUUUGUAUUAACGUUAUAAUAUUGCCGCCAUAUUGUACUUUUUUGACAGGUUUGACAAGACAUCUAAGGCACAGACCCAUCCGGCAUUCAGCCACGAUUGAAAGUUGUUUAACAAUAUUUUAAACGGCUAAUAAAUUAAUCAAAUUAAAUAUUUUAAACAGACAAAAAUAAUAAUUUAUAAACGUCAGUAUUGUCAAAGUAAAGCUCAUUAAUAUAAUAACCUACUUGGUUCGUAUGAAUUAGUGACAUAAUUUAAAAUAAGCUGUACCUAUAGUGCGAUAUUAAUUAGUAGAAAUUAAAUAAAAUGGAACUAAAAAACAUCCAUACUAAUACUAUUGUUGCCAUUUUACGUCAAAAGUGUGACAGUUACGUAGGAACUUGCGCCUACAAUAAUUUUCUACAAUUUCUUGUCGGACUAUAUAUUUCACUCGUGAGUUACAGCUUUUUUUUCACAAUCCAUAACUCCCGUAGGAACAAUAUAAGCCUUUGUCCUUCAGUACACCUGCAUGAAAUGAAAUCUUUUCCGAGCAAGUGUGAUGAAAAUAUUUGAAUCCGACGCUAUUAAAUUAAAUUUAAAGUUUUCAAAUAUACGGAGAGUUUUCAGAGUACUCUUCAUACAGUGAUCUUAAUGCGUAGUUCCUUGUUGAGCCCAAUCCCGCGUGAUUCACUAUGUAAUGACAAAAUUGAAAUAUCUGUUCUAACAACUAGCGAUUAACGCACACGUGUCGUCACAAAAUGGCAUAAAGCGUAAGCGAAGCGUCACGAAAUGUCGUGCAGCGUCACAAAAUGUUGCGAAGCGUUACGAAAUAUCGUGAAGCGUUUAAUGUCACUACAAGUGCGUCGCGCGCGAACCGGGCUAUGUUAUAUUUUAUUAAAUAGUUGGCAAUUUAUCGAGUGUUGUUAUCCAUCAAGCAACAAUGUGAUGUAAAUUAUUGUACAUAAAAAUAGAACAUUUUAAUAUUUUUAAGGUAAACUUAGUCCCCCGCUACGGAAAGGGAAAUACUGAUAAAAAUUCAUGUUUUGACAUUUGUUAUUUUCUUAUAUUAUACAUAGUUAUUUUUUAAUUUUUAUAAGUUGUGGUGUGAUUUAUGUGUGUGUACAUCUGAAUGCAUAAGGGAUGAGAAUUGGCUGUAAAAUCACAUUGCGACUUGGAUGAAAUAGUUUUAAGCCUAUUUUCAAAUUAAAAUAAUGAAAA